ACUUCAUGAACAGAAGGUAAAGUUGAGUUGCGCAGGACCGUUGCGCAGGACUGUUGCGCAGUCAGUUAAGCAUAGUCCACUGGCGAAAGUAGUGGGGCUGCCCAAGAGAAAGAUGGCCGCCACCAGCGAGGAACCGAGUGUUAUGGAGCCUUCUCAGACGAAUUCCGGGCAAAAUCAGCCCGUUGAUCCUCUAAAAAUGCUCUAUCCGAUGGUAAAUGAAGAGGAAACGCCACUACCACGCUCGUGGAGUCCAAAGGACAAAUACAAUUACAUCGGCCUCUCCCAAAACAAUCUUCGUGUUCACUACAAAGGUUAUGGAAAAACUCAUAAGGAUGCAGCAAGCGUACGUACAACGCAUUGUAUACCAGCUGCUUGUGGUCUCUAUUAUUUCGAAGUGAAGAUCGUCAGUAAAGGCAGAGACGGUUAUAUGGGAAUUGGCCUAUCUGCUCAUGGAGUAAACGUGAACAGGUUACCAGGCUGGGACAAACAUUCGUACGGAUACCACGGCGAUGAUGGACACAGUUUCUGUUCUUCUGGAACAGGUCAACCAUAUGGACCCACGUUCACUACAGGAGAUGUAAUUGGUUGUGGUGUAAAUCUUGUAGAUAACACUGCCUUCUAUACGAAAAAUGGACAUCAUCUUGGUAUCGCAUUCACUGAUCUUCCGCCAAAUUUAUAUCCAACGGUGGGUCUUCAAACACCAGGAGAAGUAGUCGAUGCAAACUUUGGACAAGAACCCUUUGUUUUUGACAUUGACGACAUGCUUAACGAACUCCGUGUCAAAACAAGAUUGCAAAUUAUAAACUACCCUACACCAGAUCAUGGACAGGGUCAAUGGCAAGCAGUUCUUCACAAAAUGGUGUCAACAUAUUUAGUCCAUCACGGUUAUUGUGCUACUGCCGAGGCAUUUGCCAAUAGUACUGGUCAAGGAUUUGAAGAAGAUCUUAAUUCCAUUAAAAAUAGACAAAAAAUUUUGAAAUUGGUAUUGGCAGGCAGAAUGGGGGAAGCAAUAGAAUUAACCAGUCGAUUGUAUCCAGGUCUCCUCGAACGAGAUCCAAAUCUUCUUUUUGCUCUUAAAUGUCGACAAUUUGUUGAAAUGGUGAAUGGUAGUGACUCCGAAAUUACUCAAAAUUCCAAUAUUAAUCAAACUAGUGUUAUACAGUCUACGAAGGCUUAUACGAAAUCCUCAAUGAAUAGCAACAUCGAGGAAAUGAAUAUGAACAACGCUAUGAAUGGUUCUACUGAACAACAAUUAGUUAAUGGACAAAUUGAAAAUGAUGUAGAUAUGGAAGAAAAUGUCAUAAAUGGUAUGAAAAGUAAUACUGAAAAUGGUUAUCAAAAUAACGAUUUGAAUACCAAUGGAUACAAAUGUCAAAAUGGAGAAGAUGUCGACAUGGAAACCAACAAUGUUAGUCAAAUUCAACAACAAAAUGGUAAUUGUAAUAUGGAGAAUAUAUCGAAUAAGAAUAACAAAAAACAACUUUGUGGCGGUGAUAAACAGGCAAUUGAAAAAAUGUUGGAAUUUGGAAGACAAUUAUAUUCUCAAUCGAUACAUUUGCGACAACAACACGGAAAAAAUGAAAGCAAUAAAAAGAUGCUUCAAGAUGCAUUCAGUCUUCUAGCUUAUGCAAAUCCAUGGAAUUCACCAGUUGGUUGGCAACUUGAUCCUCAACAAAGGGAAACUGUUUGUGCAAGACUUAAUUCUGCCAUACUCGAAUCGAGUAAUUUACCUCGACGACCACCUUUGGAAGUGGCCGCGUCUCAUGCAAGAGAACUGGUACGAUUGAUGUCUCAUGCUGGUCUUGGGGCAUGCGGUUUCGCGGUCGUAGACAAUAUCAUUCAAUAUUGACGAUGCCUACCUCUGCUGCCACGUCUGCUUCUUCUGCCGGCUCGAGUUUGGAUGUGGAGACGGAACGUGGAGCAGAUUAUAUUUUUGCAGCAACAACUUCGCGACAUCGCGUGCCUCUUCAGCUAGAGUUUAGCAAUUGGCUCUCUAGCUCUUACAUUGAUAUACAAGAGUAUAAUAUAAUACACAUAUACAAGACCUACCAAAAGUACUCGAUGUUACAGCAAAGAGAAUGAAAAUAAGUAUGAUUGUUAACUUCAAUGAUUAUUCAAGGAUCAUUGUAUAGACGUAAUUUCAGUUUUCUAGAGCCAAAAUAUGAAAACUGAUAUAUAAUGAAUUGAAGUAUAGAAAAAUCGAUCUUAAAGAUCAUGAAUGACGAUAGGAAAAGAAUGGUAAAUAAUAAAAAGAGUCAAAGAAUUAGAUGGCAUUGAUAGUUAAGAAACUUAAGAAUAAUAUAAAUACAUUUUUGAAGUUGGAAGUGAAAUUUUUUUGACUAUAAGGUGAUUCUGAAGGCAUUGAUAAUUGAAGACAAAGGAAAUUUAGUGAUGAGAAUGCGAAUAAAUUUGAGGAAGAUAUCUACACCUGCCAAGACGACCCUUUUCUCGUUUUUUCUUUUUAGCCCUUUUUAGCCAUUCAUCAUCAUUUUGAUAUUUUUCCUUCGUUCUCAUAAUUGAUCGCCAUCAAGUUUCCGAAUUGUUUUUUGCAAUGGGAUGUGCUUUUAUAUUUUCGCCUAAUUUAUGACCAUUAGACAAUGAGAAUCUCCAGGUGGGUUUCUAACCUCAUUCAUUUGAUUUUCUUUAUUUUGACAUUUAUUUCAGUUUUUUGUCGUUUGAUAUCAUAUUUGUUGCUCCUGUAUUAUUCAAUUAAAUUUGAUUUUCUGAAAUUUUAGACUAAAUCUUUAUUAUAUUAAUUACAUCACUUAUAAAUAUUUGAUUGAAAUAUUAAUUAAAAAAUUUUAAUUCCAUUUAAUAUUCACAAAUAUUGUAUUUCUAAAUGAAUUUUAUCCUCAAUACAUUGCCCUAUUGUUCAUUCUAUUAUUUUUAUUAAUAAUUGACUUUUUUUUUACGAAAUUUUUAAUAUUGUAUCUUCUUUUGCAUAACUGUUGACGACAGAUUAGCAUUCCUUUUUUAUCAAAAAAGUUUAACGAGAAAAGAGCUUCGUCAACAUAAGUACGAUUAAUUAAUUCUUCAUCGAUUAUCCUGAUAACCUUUUUAUCGUAUCAUCAACGAGUCGAUUUUUGUAUCAAGUUAGCUUUUAAUGAAAAUAAAAAAUAUGUAAAAAAAAAGGAGAAAAGAAGAAAGAAAACAUAAAAGUCAUACAUAAAAAAUAAUAUACAAAUAAAAAAAGAAUAUUCUUUGAUUAUCUUUUCAUUAUCAUAAUUAAGAUUAGAAAUGCUAUGAGAAUCACAUUUCCGAUUCAAUGAUCGUUCUAUUUUUGUUUAAUUUUCAUAACAAAAAAGAAACUAAUGCGUGAACAAGCAAUAAUCCAAAACUUUAAAUUAUUUUCUUUUUCUUUUUUUUAUUCAUUUUUUUCUCUUUUUUAAUUGCCUUAUAAAUAUUUAUUAAUAGUUCCGAAUUGUAAUAACCGAUUAAUGAUCGUUAAGUAUUUUCGUUUCGAUUUUACUCGUCUUAGGUUCGAUUGGAUAAGUAAAAGAAAAGGAGCAAGAAAAAAAUUAUGUAUUAGUGAUAUGUACCAUGUGAUUACAAGAGAUAACUUUAUAAAAAAGAAAAAUAAAAAUAAUGAAGAAAAAUAUGUUAAACUGUCGAGCAAAAUCAAUAAAAAAAAAAGAAAUAGAAAUGAAGAAAUAUAUGAUCCUGAAUGAUUGUAAGUAUUGAAAACUAUGGCAGUUAUACAGUGAAAAUUAAUAAAAGUUGUAUAAUUACAUAAAA